UUCUGGAGUAUUAUUUCAUAUUUUUUGGGAAAAAAAGAAGGAAUGAGUACUAUUUUCUGUCAAGAUUGUCAACUUCAAGACAAUCAAUGUUAUACACACAAACUGACUCAAAACCAAGAAUAUUACUACAUGGUGUCAGCUCUCCGACAUGUUGUCUCCGGCGCCGGCGACGGCGAUGGUCUGGUGAACGGCGAAGCUGCUCAGCUUUUGUUGGAAGUUCAAAAUGCGAGUGGUGGUUCAGCCACGUCAGCUAAUCUCAUGCCACGUAGGAGCAUUGACGUGCAGUUGGAGAAGGGUAAGAAGAGGAGAAGGAGAAAUACGAAGAAGGAAUUUAGGGGAGUGAGACAAAGGCCAUGGGGAAAAUGGGCCGCUGAGAUACGUGACCCGCAUAAAGCCCAACGACUUUGGCUUGGUACUUUUAUUACUGCCGAAGAUGCUGCUAGAGCUUAUGACAAAAAAGCUAUAGAAUUUAGAGGUGAAAAGGCGAAAACCAACUUUCCUAUCACAGAAUAUGCUGCUGCUGCCGUUAAUGACGAGAUUAACAAGUUGCCAACUGUAGUAAUGGAAGAAGAGAGAGAAUUAUUAGUACAAGUCCUUCAUGGUGUUGAUGUGGCUGUUAAUGGUGAUCAAAAUUAUAGUAGUAGUAGUAGUAGUAUGCAAAAUGGUGAAGACGACGACUUUUGGGAGACAUUAGAAGAUGAUGGACUUGUAAAGCGGAUCACACAAGCUAUGUUCUUCUGAUUCUCUAUUCGGCUUAGUUUUUUUGUCUGAAAAUAUCUUUAUUCUUUGGUUUGUUUGUCGUUUUCUUCAACUUCUUUUGAGUGGCUACUAAGGAGUGAUAGGAAGUAUCUUGUACUAGUAUUGAGUAAUAAUAAUAAUGUACU